AGACUGCCACACCAGAGUUCCAGGCUAAGAACGGAAAAGCACAGUUAAGUAAGAAAAUGACACAAUACAAUUUAACGUGCACUGCUAGCUAAACAAGAAUACUUCCACAUAUCUGAAAGACCGCAGUUUAAAUCCAUCACCUAAAAAAAUUCUCCGUCUGCAAAAGACUGGGCUUCCUGGAGAUUUGCAACUGAAAACAAGUUGAGAAACACUGCUUUAACCAAAAAGCAAAAACACCAAGGCACUUAAAGCUCAUCACCCAUUUACACACCAUGAAGAGGUCAAAGGGUAGAAAGAUGGGAUCAUCUAGAAGGCAAAUAUUGAUGGAAACAAGCUCUGACCAACAGCCUGAGACCAGUCCUAAAGCUGACGAAGACCCUGUAUUUAAUGAAAUAGCAGAAAAGAUUCAAACUCUGUUCUCAGUAGACGAGACCAGUAGUAAUGUACAUAUCACACGUGAUGACAUGGAGAAAGUCAGUGGAGUUGUUUUCUGCAGUGUGGAUGAGUUGGAGAUUCUCUUUGAUGAGCUUAGUACUGAUGGGAAAGAAUACUUGACUUUUGAAGAAUUCACUUCAGGACUAAAAAAUUACAUACAUUUAGGCAGCAAUCAAUGGAAUCAGAAAAGAAAAAGAAAAUCUACAAAGAGGAUCACAGAGUUUUCUACUUUCCCAUCACUGGAGGAAGCAGAUGCAGAAGAAAGGAAACAAUUUAAGUCUUUCAUGGAACAACUAGGGGCAAAGAACAUUUUUGAAGAUGAGACAGAAAUCUGGAAACUGUGGAACAAGUUGAGUUGUGAGGAGCCUCGCUUACUGGAGAAUCUUGAAGAAUUCCUGGCAAAGGUGACAAGUCAAAUCAAAGACGCCAGAAAGGAAAAGGAGACAUUAGAGAUUAUGUUGAAAAAGAGAAUUGCUGAACACAAUGAAGAAGUGCAGCGCCUUUAUGAAGAAAUGGAGCAGCAAAUGCGAGAGGAAGUAAAGAGAUUAACCCAUGAGAGAGAUACCCGGAGCAGUAUUCACAAUAAAGAAAUGAAAAAUGUGAUAGAUGUGAAGAACACAGAGGUGCAGCAGCUGAUUUCUGUUCAAGACGAGCUGGAACGAGAGCUCCACAACCUCCGCAGCACAGAGAAGGUUACAAAAUCCGAGAAUGAGAAAUUAAAACGUACGAACCAAGAUCUGGAACAUCAUCUGGAGAAAAUACGCGAUCAGCUGUCUGAAGCCCAAAGCUGUUUGGGUGAGAUGAAGCAAAAAAUGAUUCAGAUCGAGGAUGAAAAAGAGGCAACAGAUCAUAAAGAGUCCAUGGACAUUUCAAGUGCUCAGUUCUACCAGAUUUUUUUCCAGGAACCUACUCUGAAAGAUCGGCCUAAGGAACAGGAACCUGAAGCCAGUGAUCCCCAGGAAUCUGCAGAACAUGUACAUAAAGUUUCCAACUAUACUGAUGACUUUAAAACUUCAAGAUCAAGAGUAAUCUCCAUAGAAGAAGAUCCAAUGCCAGAGUAUUUGUUAAAAGACUACAGACAUCCCGUAAAGAGUAUUGAAGAAGAGAAGGCAACUCAGGAAAUUACUAUCACGCGGUUAUCAGCCCAAAAAGAACAACUAUCAUUUGCUGAUUCUUUCCUUAACAACUCAGAUGGAGAUAUUUCACCUACUUCACCAUAUUCGUCAUUUCCUGUCCUUAAAAGUCAAGGUCAAUUAGAAAAAGAGGAACAAAAUGGAAUACAAGAAAAAAGUAGUAACCCUAAAAAAGGUACAUUACCAGGAGAUAUUUCUGAAGACAUCAAGCAUCACUCAGAGCAUAAUAAUGGAAAAACUGGUAAGGCUGUAAAAAAGGUGUCAAUAGCAACUAACAUCAGUCAAGGCAAAUCAGAAGGAGACACACUACAAUAUAAAUGUCAAUCACUAUCAGAGAAGACAAAUUCUAUUCAAGAGAUGCAUGGAAACCCAGAUCACGUCUAUAAGAUAAUAUUUGUUGGAAGCACAAAUGUUGGGAAAACCUCCUUUUUACAGAGAGUUUAUGACGGUUCCUUCAAGAAAGAUGUAUCAGCUACCAUAGGAAUAGACUAUCAUUUUAAAACUCUAACUAUUGACAACAAGCAAUAUGUACUUCAGCUCUGGGACACAGCUGGACAGGAAAGGUUUCAUAGUAUCACAGAACAGUUUUUCAGAAAAGCUGAUGGUAUAGUGAUUAUGUAUGAUGUUACAUCUAGGAAGACGUUCACAGAUGUGUGCUACUGGCUGAAUCGUAUCCAAGCAAAAACUGUUGAUGAUCUUGUUAUUCUACUUAUUGGCAACAAAACAGACUGUGAUUCAGAAAGAAAUGUGACAUAUGAAGAUGCAGAGAAGUUGGCUCAAGAAUACCAGCUGUUGUUUACAGAAUGCAGUGCGGAAUCUGGAGUGAAUGUCAUGGAAUCCUUGAUCCAGAUAGCCAGGUCCUUGAAAGAGCAUGAAGACAAUAUGAAAAAUAAUGUGGUAAAAAUAAAAAGACCCGUAUGCCAGAAGGAAACACGCUGUUGUGUGUAAAGACAACCAAAUGUACAGUGAAAAAAACCCAAAGCAGAUUCUAAAGCAACAGUGCAGUAAACUAUUCUUCUGCUGGCUGAUAUAAUUGUAAAUUACUUUAUUAAAGUGGAGUUCCACCCAUAAAUAUAACAUUACAUCAGUAGUUUUAAAAAAAUGUCAUUAGUCCUUUA